AUAAAAUGUUUGUCAUUUCAGGUGCGGGUUGUUCUCAAAUACAGACAUUGUGAUGGGAACCUCUGUAUCAAAGUAACGGAUGAUGUAGCUUGUUUGCUGUAUAGAACAGACCAGGCGCAAGACGUAAAGAAGAUUGAGAAAUUCCACAGUCAGCUAAUGCGACUCAUGGUGGCUAAGGAAUCCCGCAGUGCUGCCAUGGAAACAGACUGAAUUGCUGAAAAUAAAAUGAGUGCUCCGGUCAUAUUUCACUGGAAGAAAAUAUCUCUUGGAUUUGAACGAAUACUGGGACAGGAGGUGCUUUUAUGCACCGAAGUGGACUGAUGACAAGUCUGAAGCAUUCCUGUCCCCCAGACUCCGCUUUGGAAAACUAGGAAAACAAAUGCUUUCAGUUGAAAGCUUAUAUUUAUUUUUGGGAAUUGAACAAGAAACUAUUCUUACACAUUGGGUAUGCUAAGAAGACAAGUAAAUAGUUUAAAUCUACAGUACUUUAAUCUGAAUUUGACGGGCCACAGGCAUAUUUCUGGAAAGUUAGAUUUCAUAUGGAUUUCAUUGUGUUCAUACCUUAUGCUGGUGUAUUCUCACAGUGAGAAGGUUUAUUAACCUGACUAAUACUGUAGCGUGACGACUGGAUCCAAUAGAUAUUUACAUAAAUGAUAUACAUCAGUGGGGUUUAGAAGAAUGAAUGUUUUCUGAACUGAAAUGUUAAAAUUGCCAAUUCAUAUUAGCACUGUCGCUAGCAAGAUUUUAGCUUUUAGUAUUGAUCUUGGUCAUAAGCUGUGCAACAUUUUGUGAUGCAGUUUGUAGAACUGUUAUAUUGGCUAAAUAAUUCAACAUCUGUACUUUAAAACUUAAACGUUUGAAUAUUGCUAGACGAUGAAGAACUGGGAGUUUCUCUUUUGCUUUUGCAAAUAUCACCAUUAAAAAAAUGUAUGUGGUUUUUUUCUGGUACUUGAACUGUCUUGUACUAGCGGGGGGGGGACACCUUUUCCCAUCCUUGCUUCAGGCAAGGUUGAACUAUAUCAGUGAGUGAAAUUCUAGAAGCUCUUGCCUAUUAUGCUAAGAGAAAAAUGCAACCAAAUGCUAUCCCGAUUCCUUAGAUGCUAACUGUGCAUGUUCAGAUGUUCCAUGUGGCAGAUGGAUGUCAGCCACCUGAAUAAAUGAAUGAAAAACAGCUUAAUAAAUACUGAAGUACCACUGUCAAAAAUGGACCAAAGCUCCUGUGGCUUAGACUUGUUUCUCAUUGUUACCUCUGGUAAGGUGAUGGGAGCCUUAAUUGUCUUUUGCAAAGGUGUUUUUUGUGUGAAAAUCCAGUAGCUGAAAUUGAUACUUGCUUUGACUAGAUCUUGCAUUCUUAAAACCAGAUGUGUUUUUUUUUUUUAAUGUAAUUAUGCUACUGGUAUAACUAGGCUUUUCCAGGACUAAUGUUUUGGGUUAAACCAAGCACAAAAGUAAGGCAGAGCCAUAUGAAGACUUGUCUGUAGUGGCAUUUUUAUGCAACAAAACAAUCUACUUAAAUAGCUACCUGCUGUCGCUUACAUAAAAAUUAUUGAGCUACU